AUGCAGAGACAACUAGCUAACAUGAAGCAAUUACUUUUUGAUCAGGGAUAUUUGGAUGAACAAUUUCAUCAGCUAGAAGAGCUUCAAGAUGAUGCGAAUCCCAACUUUGUCGAAGAAGUUGUUACGUUAUACUACCGGGAUUCAGCUCGACUGAUCCAAAAUAUAGAACAAGCCUUGGAGAAAAAACCUAUUGACUUUGUUAAGUUGGACAGCAUAAUGCACCAGUUCAAGGGCAGCAGUUCAAGCAUUGGAGCCAGAAAAGUCAAAAUUGAGGCCACACAGUUCAGAGAACACUGCAGAGUUGGAGAUGGUGAAGGAUGCAAGAAAACUUUCCAACAACUGAAGAAGGAAUAUGCUGCUCUGAAAAAGAAACUGGAAAAUUAUUUUCAGUAUGCAAGACAAGCUGGGCCUGUUGAAAAAGCUUGUCGCCCUAAAUAA